UUUUUUAAUCAGUUUGAGAUUUGGUUUAGUUUGAGUUUUUCUCUCUGAUUAUAUUCGAGGUUCAUUUUGUUGUUUUGUGUUAUUUACACGAAUGAAUCUUUAAAAUUCAUCUGAUCACGAGGAAAAUACCGAUGAGCAACUUUUCAGAGGUGAAUUUUUACUUUCACUUUCACCGUCCGGUAGAGAAGACGCAGCGGGAAUCAGCUGGUGAGUGAACUUCACCAAACACGAUGAAUAAACAGGUGAAUACAGCCAGGGCAGGUGAGACAGGUGAUGUUCUCAGGUGAGUGAGGUGAGCCCGUGAGUGUCCGCGUUCAGCCCGAGGCCGCUGAGACCACAGCCCGGGAAACAGUCAGCUGAGGCCGCUCAGACAGUAACCACAGCCCGGACACAGCACGAACUAACAUCACAUUAUACGAUGAAAUAAAAAUAAAUAAAACAAACAGGCUCCGCAGCUGGACGGACACACACGGCAGCUGUUUCAGGUGAGUGAGGGAAACCUGAGGAGCCGGAAGUGAAGCGCCAGAGUUCACCUGUGAGUUUACCUUUGAAAAAAAUGGAGACGGUUUGUGAGAAUAACAGAAGAACUGAAGAGUUUGUGAGUUUCUGAUUUUAUUCAUCUGUUUCAGUAAAAACAGUUUGUGUUUGACCGCAGAGGGAACACAGGAGGACUUUACUCCUUCUACUACUCUGCUCCUACAGGCUUCCUGCUGCUACUGCAAGUCUGUGUAAUAACUGAUAACACACCUGAACAGGUGGAGGUAGAGAAUGAGAAAAUCCUGCCAUUUAAAAGCUGGGACCUAAAAGCCUGUGGCGUUUUGUCUUUUUGCUUGAAAAUGAUCAACCGUACCUGAGAGGAAAGGUCUGUGUGAUAAAUACCUGCAGCAGACGUCACAUUAAAGCUCCACACCGAUAACCAGAAUAUUUACACAGGAACACCUGUGCUUCAGAGUGAGAGGUCUGUUACAUGAAUUUGCUUCUUUCUUUCUUUCUUUCUUUCUUCAGCUUCUGUUUGUUUUUGCGGUGAAAUGUUCACCUGAAACUGUCGGACGCGUCACUGAGGGACAGACGAGGACAGAAAACAGGAAACGAUCCAGCGUCUGCAUCACACCUGUGUCUGAGCUUUUUAAAAUCCAGCUGUUGGCCUCCAGCUGUGCUGCUGCUCCUGGUGUUUCCAGCACGGUGACAGUAUGGCAGCUGCUGCAACAUCUGUGUCUGAGCUGAGGGUUGUUCUGCUGGGGAACAGCUGGUCUGAGAGGAGCUCAGUGGGGAACUUCAUACUGGGACAGACUGAGUUUGACACUGAGGGACAACCAGACCUUCAGACAGCCAGAGGACAGUGGAAGGACAAAGAAAUAGUUCUCAUCAACAGCCCAGAUCUGCUGCUUCCUGAUGUCUCUGAAGACAGACUAAGACAAUAUGUAGAGGACUGUGUGAGAGUCUCUGAUCCUGGACCUCAUGUGUUCCUGCUGGUUCUACAGCCUGAAGACUUCACUGAGGACCACAGACUGAGGCUCUGCAGAGUCCUUCAGCUCUUCAGUGAUCGAUCAUUUGAUCAUUCACUGGUUCUGAUAUCAACACCCAGAGAGGAGAGUCCAGGCUCCAUGGAACAGUACAGGCAGCAUCCACCACUAAAACACAUGAUCACAGCAUGUAGAUACAGAUGUUUGUGGCUGAAGCAUCUGGAACAUCCAGAGCUGUUAACACGGUUGGGUCAGAUUGUGCAGGAGAACAACACAGAGCAUCUGAGCUGUGACGUGUUUGAUGAUGAGGAUUCAGGUUUAACCAUGAAACCAAAGUCUGGACACAUCGAACCUCCUCUGAACCUGGUUCUGUGUGGGAGGAGAGGAGCAGGGAAGACUUCAGCAGCCAAGGCCAUUUUAGGUCAGACAGAGCUUCGUUCAGUGUCCAACUCAUCAGAGUGUGUUAGACAUCAGGGAGAGGUGUGUGGACGUCGGGUUUCCCUGGUGGAGCUUCCUGCCUUGUUUGGAAAACCUCCGGAGACAGUGAUGGAGGAAUCACUCAGGUGUGUCUCCCUCUGUGACCCUGAGGGCGUCCAUGCCUUCAUCCUGGUCCUACCUGUGGAUCCCCUCACUGAUGAAGACAAGGGAGAGUUAGAGACCAUCCAGACCACAUUCAGCUCUCCAGUCUAUGAUUUCACCAUCAUUCUGUUCACUGUGGAGUCAGAUCAUACUGAUCCAGCUGUUGUUAACUUUCUGAAUGAAAGUCAGUUGAUCCAGGAGCUCCGUCAGAGCUGUGGAGGAAGAUCUGUUGUUCUCAACAUCAGGGACAAGCAGCAGGUCCCUGAGCUGUUGGACGCUGUGGACCAGAUGAGAGUUAAAGGAUCCAGAUGCUUCAACAAGGACGCGUUCACCAAGGCUCAGAUGGAGAAGGUUGUAAAACUGAAAGCUGAACUGCAGGAUGUGAGACAGACUCAGAUGGGAGGUGAGAGAGAGGGAGAUCAGAGCAGAGAGCCUCUCAGGAUGGUGCUGAUUGGACGGACUGGCAGCGGGAAGAGUGCGACAGCAAACACCAUUUUAGGCAAAAAGCAUUUCAUACCCAGAAUCCCUCCAAAACCACCGACCAAGUUCUGUGAGAGCGCGGCCGGAGACAUCGAUGGACGACCUGCUGUUGUGGUCAACACCCCCGGUUUGUUUGAUACAACUCUCUCUGAUGAUGAGAUUAAGCAGGAGCUUCGCAGAUGCAGAAACAUGUUGUCUCCGGGACCUCACGCGUUCUUACUGGUGCUGCAGAUCGGGAACGUUACACAAGCGGAAACAGACUCUGUCGAACUGAUAAAGAGGGUUUUUGGUGAAAAGUCAAGAGAUUUCAUCAUCGUUUUAUUCACCAGAGGAGAUGAACUGGAGGAUCAGCCAUUCGAGAGUUAUGUCAAAAACUGUGAUGAGUCUGUCAAACAACUGAUCAAUGUCUGCGGAGGAAGAUAUCAGGUCUUUAAUAACAAAGACGACACAAACCGCACACAAGUCCGUGACCUGCGGACCAAGAUCGAGACCAUGCUGAAGGAAAGUGGAGGCAGCUGCUACGACCCUGAGAUGUCUGAGGAAUCCACUCAAAUACAGGUGGAGAGGAUUGUGAAAGAGAAGGAGGAAGAGAUGAAGAGAAAGGAGGAGAACCUGAGGAGAAAACACGAGGGAGAUUUAAAAAGACUGGAAAGGAAAAUCAGCGAACAGAGAGGAGAAAUUGAAGAGGAGAGAAAACUAAGAGCUAAACAGCUGAAGGACAAAGACGAAUGCAUCAACAAGCAGCGUGAGGAGAGAAAGAAAGAACGGGAGGAAGACGAAAAGAGACGGAAGAAACACGAAGAAACUCUGCGACAGGACUGGAGAAGAAAACUGGAAGCUUUGGACAAAAGUGUUCAGUCUGAAAGAGAGCAAAAGGAAGCUGCUGAGAGGAAGCUGGAGCAGAGCAGGAGGGAGAUGAAGAGAGACCGAGAGGCUUGGGACAAAGAGAAAAAGGACAUGUGGGAACGAAUGCAUCAGGACCUCAGGCAGAACCUGGAGGAGGAGAAAAGCAGCUUCAGGAAGCUGCAGGAGGAGUACCAUCGCAAGAGGAGAAAAUGGACAUACGGCUUGUUUGGGCUAAUGUUGAUGCUAGCACUUUUAUUGUGUUACGUAUUUCCUCACAUACUGCACAGCCACAGCUAAACAGCUGAUGAACUCACUAAUAAACAGGUGUUAAGGUGUUUACACACAAAGACAGUGAGGACAAAGACUGUGAGGACAAAGACCGUGAGGACAAAGACUGAGGAUGAACAUGGAGUCUCUUCACUCUGACUGUGUGAAGCCUUUGCUGCUCACUAAGGCUGCUAGCUAACACUAGCCACUCUGUUAAAGCAGCAUAUUAAAAUGUAUGUUAUUACUUGACACUGAUUAUAUUUCUGUCAUUGAUCAGAGUUGUAGAACUCAUGUUCACUUUAUCACAAACAUUUGAUCACGAUUGAAAAAUGAUGUGUUUCAUGUAAAGUUCUUUUCCAUUCGUCCUGAGUUCAGCGCUCUGUGUGUCGGGUCGGUUUUCUCAGCCUGCAGCUCACACAGUGACACAUCAGGGUUGAUGGAGCUGAGAUAAGAGUUUCCUGUUGUUCUCCUGAAGUGAUUAAUGUGAUCAUUUUACCUGAGAGCAUGAACAGGAGCAGUUUGCAUGACGAGCCAGUUCACCUGUUAUUCAUCUGCCUUCACCUUGUUCCUUUUAAACACUUUAACUUCCACAGUAUUUGUGGACUGUUUGAAGCUGGAGCCUGUUUCUGAAGCUGCAUGGAAGCAAACGUGUUGGGAGACGUUUGCUUUGCUGCUUCUUUUGUGCAGAGAUAGUUGUUUUUGUCGAGUUAUUCACGUCUAAUUCCAGAGAAUCGUUUCAGAUCCUUAUGUAACUUUAGACCGUGGGUCAGUGUGUUAGUGGUAAAUCUGCUAUAACAGAACUUUAAGUAAUAUAUGAAGAGUAUACAUGUCUAAAUGAGGAUGUGGCCGACAGUGCUCUGUAUGAAGAAGCAGAAACUGACAGAAGACUUAAUGUGUCGUCAUAUUGAUUCAUUUAUCACAGUAUUGAUUGAAAAUAUUGAGUCUUGAAUCUUGAGCUGAUGCUGUUGCAGUUAAUCUGCUGUUAACUGAAUGUUGAUCUGAUAUUUAUCUGAUGAUCACAGAGGCUGUUGAAUGGCUACGUGUUUAUUUGCACAGCACGUACAACAGAGAUGUUUUAAUAAAAUGAUUUUUAACCUC